GAGAACUGAACCCGUGAGCACAUACAUACGUCCUUGGAUUGGAUCCAGAGAGAUUGCGGUUUGCCUUGCCUUGCAGCAGUACGGCGGUCGCUUCAAAAGAUGUUCCGACGCCGGGGAGGAGCAGGAUAUCAAAGGCUGAGAGUCGCUGCAACCGACUCCACCCACCACGAUGUAGGCGUGACGUACCGAGAGAAUCCGAGCGCUGAUCGCAGCAGGUAUGCAAGCGAGAUAAGCUCGAGCCUUUCAUUGCAGAUCCUCAUCUACUACAACGGCCUACUCUCGCUGAUAUACUUCGUCUUAGGAGGAGGGCUCGUCAUCGAGAAGCUUUACAACUACAGGUUCGAGUCGGAGCUUCAACGAACAGUGUUGGCACCGAUCUUUAUUAGCUGGGCCAUUGCGGAGGUGCAUCGAUUUUACUUUGGAUAUAAGGGAAACAUCAAAGAAAUGGUACCGCACAUGUGUGCCUUCCUGUUGAUGACCGUGUUUCCACAGAUGUUCUGCCUUGCCUUCUUGGCGUUUUUCCAAGAGCACCAAUUUCCCGUCGAUCCGAUUCUUGGAGCAAUCCACAUCGCGUUCUUGGCAUCCGAAACAAUUGUUGGCUACAAUGGGAUCAAGGCAAUAAUCAACAAAAGGACCGCGCAGUUCUUCCGCGUAGCGCAGGAAGAGUACCUUCUGCGGCCAGCGAGCGAGGAGCACGCACGGCUUUUGUAGCACACCGUUGGA